AUGAGGAUCAUGGGAGACGUCUAUGGUGGUCUGGCCAAUGUACCCUAUGAUACCAAGCCUGUUAGCAAUUUCAUGGCUACCAUUGAUGAAUAUCAAACACACAAGGACAUGUCAAAGCUGCUUUCUCACUUUGCAAGGAUUAAAAAGGAAGACCCAGAUUUCUACUUCAACUUGCAUACAGAUCAUGUUGAUAAGGUUGACCGCAUAUUUUGGAUUGAUGGGCCAGCAAUAGCUGCAUACAAGAACUACAGCGAUUGUCUCUCAUUUGACACCACAUACAUGACAAACAUGUACAAUAUGCCGUUUGCGCCGUUCAUUGGGAUCAAUAGGUAUUGUCAGAGCAUACAACUAGGUUGUGCUUUCCUAAAAAAUGAAAAUGUGGAGAGUUUUGUGUGGCUCUUUCAAGAGUUUCUUGAAGCAAUGGGCGGCCUCCAGCCCCAAAACUUCAUUACUGACCAAGAUGCAGCAAUGAGAUCUGCAAUUCUCGCUGUAUUUCCAAACUGUUGCCACAGAAACACUUACUUCAAGGAUCGAUUCUUCCCGUUCCUACAAACUACCGCCCGGAGUGAGGGGUUUAACGCUGUUCUAAAAACAUACAGUAACCCUCACCAGAGCCUGCAUCACUUCUUUGAACAAUACUUGAAGUUGCAAGAGAAAAUUAAUGUAGCAGAGGAUUCAAUAGAGUUUUUGGAUGAAGAUAAGACUUUCAGGGUGUGGGGUGACUACCCUCUUGAAGAGCAAGCUUUGAAGGUUUACACGCGACCCAUUUACUUGCGUCUCAGGGCUGAGCUUCGUAAAGUGACAUCCUACAAUGUACAACUUAUUGGUGGCCAAAGUUAUGAUGUUCUCCCAAUUAAAACCUACGUCUAUGGCUAUGGUAGUAGGAGCUACCAAGUUGAGGCUAAUGUCGAAACUGAAACUUACAGCUGCGAGUGCUGCAAGUUCAGUAGGGAUGGGUUGCUUUGCUGCCAUAUAUUCAGAGUAAUGGUGCAAUUGGGUUGUAUUAACAAAAUUUCAGAGAAAUACAUACUAGACAGGUGGAGAGUAUAG